AUGCCUAACCCAAGAGGACAAAAUGGUACCAGGCAUCCUCCUUCACCUGAUGCAACAAUGUGUCCUCUGAUUGAACACUACCUCAGCUGUGGGUAUUCCAACCCAGAGAUUGUCAACAGGUUGAAGAAGUAUUAUGACACUGACCAUUUUCAAUUCUUACUGGCGUUGCUGAAGAAGAAAUGCAUGCAGUGGGGCUUGAAAAGUACACGCGGUCAAGCUCACACAUUAGAAAGCAUAGGUCCCACUGUUGAACGUGUCUGCGCGUGCUUUCCGGUGCAAGGUUCACAUGAUAUGAAAAAAGCUCUACUACAAGAAGAAAAGAUUAUGGUACUGUGUUAUUACUGGAUGGCGGGCAUUAAUGAUCUCUGGUCUUUUGACCAGCAUGUCAAAUGGAGGUGUUUCCAGUUGUUUUUACAUGUAGGACUGGAACCGUUCUCUGGGAAGAUAUUAUGGCUCAAGAUAUGGUGGGCCAACCGCAAUCCCCGCUUGAUAUGUGGAUGGUAUUGUGACACUGUUGCUAAGCUUGAUGGCAUGCCAUUGGUGACUCAAAGCGACCCCGGUUCUGAAAAUAAUGGCAUCGCAAAUGGCCACACACUCCUGAGACAUCUGCAAGACCCCAGUCUUGAACAUACCUUACAGCACAAGUUCAAAGGCUUGCACCGCAACAUCAAACCUGAAAUAUUUUGGAAUCAGCUACGUAGGCAAUGGUCUCCAGGCUUUGAACAUCCCCUCAACUACGGACUAAAUGAAGGCUUGUACAACCCAGAUGAUCCUUUACAAUGGCUCACAUUUCACUAUAUCUUCAUCCCCUGGCUGCAAGACAAACUGGAUCUCUUUGUCAACAGAUUCAACCACACUCUUUCUUGGCACAACCGUAACAAGAUUUUACCGCAUGAACGCCCAGCCAAUAUCUUUGAACAACCAGAGCACUUCCAGUCUCAAGACUUUGCAGUCAAAGUGCAUCUACCCUCACUUGCAGAAGUCAGAAAGACGUAUGCUCCACCUGAGCAUCAUGUCUUUGAACUUGUCCCUGCAGCUUUUGCGCAGGAAGCCUCCAACUUUCUUCGUGGUGCCGGCUCGCCUGUAGUAAUGCAAGACAAUGCGUGGGAUGUCUAUCUCAGUUUACUAGAACAUCUAACCACACUACAGAGUUCUUUUGCAAACCUUGUGCUAUCCAUAUCCACACAUUUCUGUGGAGAGUUUGCACUGGAGAUGGUAAAGCUGAUGUCGGAAGAGCAGGCAUUUCAGUAUAUCAAUGGGGAAUGGGCGCAAUGUACUUAUCUAUCUUCCGCAUAUCUGUCUGAGAAGGUGAAAGGUGCGUGGUAUAAAGUCACUCAUCGAUCUUCCAAUAUGACUGAAAGCUCUUUCCCCAGCGGUUUGAGCAACUCCAAUAGCAAGUCACCCACAUGGUCUGUGCAAGAAAAUGAAGGCAACAAUGCAGAUACGUUAGAUAUUGUGAUGGCCUUGUUGGCUGGCAUCAGUCUCUCCCCCACCAAUGCUAUGACUCUCAUGUCUGCAGUGCUGGACCGCACUGCUGCUGGUGGAGCCUCUCCUCCAUCCCAGAGAGCAUCUGCCUCAACAGCCACACCCCCUUUGACUCAGGCUCCUGUCGCAGCAACAUCCUCAUCUUCCACACUAGUUGCCACCCCAGUUUCAUGCUCCUGCUGCCUCGAUCCAGACUUACCAAGGGUGGCCAUUCCAUGUGCCCGAGCCUGGGAUGCAGGGCCAAUAUUACUUGGUUACCAGAGGUCAUUGCAUUGGGAUAUUCGCUGCCUGGCAAACAACCUCCCCCUAUGUGACUGGGCCAGCAUGCACCUUGCAAUAGACAAUGGUGAGGUGGAGAUUUUGCCGUGA